AUGAUGCUAUUUAAUUAUUCAGAAAAAAAAAUUUAUAAAAAUGUUUUGAUUAUUUUUCUAUAUAUAAUUUUUUAUGAAUCUUAUUAUUAUGGUAAAAAAACAUCUAAUUGGAACCUUAGGUUAAUACCUUUUAAUACUAAUUCAAAACGAAAACAUUUUUUUAAUUUUAUUAAAAACAAUUCAAAUGAAAUAAAAAAUAGAAAAUUUUUUGAAUCAAAAAGAAUAGAAAUAAGUAAAAGAAAAAAAAAUCUAUUUGCAACAAAUGUAACAAAUUUUUAUGAUAAUACUAUUCCUGAAGAAUAUAUUAAGAAUAAUAUACCUUCUGAACCAAUAUAUCCAUAUAUUUCUGUGCCUGAUAACUUAUAUACAAAAAAAAAAAAUACUCAAGAGAAAAAUGAAGAGAAGUAUCCUGACAUAGGAAAAAUGACUUUUGAGGAAUUCAAAAAAUGGAAUGACGAUAAAUUAAAAAAAGUAAAAGAAUUACCAGAUCCUACACUGGAUGAUUAUAUAGAAGAUACAAAAUAUGAGAAAUAUAUUCAUCCAUCUUUAAUCAAAAAUGUUGAUAAUACUAAUCAUAGGUAUGCCAUUCCUUAUUCUCUAAAAAAAUAUACUAAAAAAAAUAUUCAAAGGGCUGCAUUAAACUGCUUUGACGAAAAUGAUGUUGAUGACGAUUUAACUGAAUAUGAUUGCGCUUUUAAAGGUAUUGGACCUUGGCCAUCAACAGAUGAAUUAAAAAAAAAUGAUAAUUUCUUUGAAUUUGACAAAACUGAUUUAGAAAUGGAAUAUAAUAUAACUUAUAAUAAGUCAAAUUACCGUGAAUAUAAAGAAAAAAAUAUUAAUAAAAAAAUGAAUGAUAUAGAGGAGGAAAAUUUAAAUAAAGACAAAAAAAAUUUACUUGAUGGAGAAAAUGAUAGUAAUACUAAUUUUGAAAAAGAAUUUAUUAAUACUACAGAAGAACGUGAAAGUGAGUUAUCAGAUAAUAUAAAAGAAAACAUAAUAGACAAAGAAAAAUAUGUAAAUAAAAAUAUUUUCAAUAAAUCAAGUGUAUAUGCUAUAAGGAAAUUAUAUUAUAAAAAAGAAGUAAAAACAAUUAAAGAAGCAAAAGAAGAAAUAAUCAAAUGGGAUAUAAGAAAAAAUCAUUCAAGGAGUCAGUGGAAUUUAUCAAAUGAAGAAAUCAAUUUGCUACCAAAACAUUACAAAGAAUUAUAUUUCGAAAAACAUAAAGAAUAUGAAAAACAAAAAGAAGAUUUAUUUAAAAAAGGGCAUGCUUAUCCAGUUAGCAACAAAGUUUUACUUAAUGCUAGUCAAUUAAAUGAUAUGAAAAAUGAUGAUGAUUCAAAAAUAAAUUUAGAAGAUAGCAUAGAAAAAGAAAACUAUACAAAAACAAAUUUUGAAAAUUAUUCAGAAAAUAUGUUUCAGAAUUUUCGAUUAUUAGAAGAUAAUGUUUUAUAUACUAAAGCAAAAUCACCUAUUGAUAAUAUUUUAUAUGAAUGGGAUGAUCCACUUAAUUGUAAAUGGAGAAAGAGAGCCGAAGAAGUAAUAAGAGAUGUAAUUAUGUAUGAUUAUCCAUUUAAAGAAUUACGAAGACCAUCUAAUUUAGAUUUAUAUGAUGUUACUUGGUAUCCUGGAAAGCUAGAUGUCUUUGUUACAACUGAAGAAGAAAAAAAUUAUAAAAUUACCUUAUUUGACUUAAAACAGUUAGUUAAAAAAAUUGCUGAAAGAUUAAAAGAAUUAGAAAUUGAUGAAGAGAUUGUUAUUUUGCCAUUUUUUGAAUUAGUUGUUUCUUCUCUCCCAAGCAAAAAUAUAUUAGUAUGUAGAAAAGAUUGGAAUAAUAAUAUAGGUAAAGAAGUUACUGUUUUUUUUAAAGAUAAUAUUUUUCAACCGAUUGAAGGAAUAUUAUUAGGAUCUCCUAGUGUAUUCCAUGUAAUUAUUAAUAUAUAUGACGAAAAAAUAGAAAAUAUUAUUAUAAAUAAUAUAGAUAAAAUUAUUCUAAAAGAUGCAAAAGAUUAUAUAGGCAAAAAUAUCAUGUUGAGAGCUGAAAUAGAUACAAAGGAGAAAAGAGGAAAUGAAAAAAAUAAUGCCACUGAUUUAGAUAAGAAUAUAAAAAAAGAGUUAAGAGACAUAGAAGAGAAAGAUGAAGAUAAUGAACUUGUUAAGGAAGAUACUAAAGAAAUAGAACGUAUGCAAUUUAAUGAACUAGAUAAAUUAAAGAAUAUAAAUAAAUCAUAUAAAGAUAUAAAUGAUAGUAAAAUUAAAAAUAUUAAUAAUAUAGAUGAUGAAAAUAGCGAUUUAGUAAAUUCAUUUACUGAUAAUGAAGAGAAUGAAAAUGAGGAUGAAGAAGAUGAUGAAGAUAUUGAUAGUCAAAUCGAUUCUUAUGAUAACGAAUUUGAUGAUUAUAUGCCAGAUGAAUAA